ACGCGUUACCUCAACUGGAGAGAGGCCUUGGAGCUUAGGAGGUACGUGCAUGAUGCUGGCUUGUGAAUAACUGGGGACGCGAUACGCUGAUGCCAUCCUCCACCACCACGCACCGGCUCCAAUGCACCUGCCUGCGAGACAGAUCCACGACGAGCUCGGACGUCUGCUUCUCAAGCAGUCGACGCCAAUGCCAGACCAUGCGGAGCCAGCCCGACGGAGCCGAUGAGCAGAUGACUCUGCGUAGAAGUCAACGCGGGACCGAUAGAUGCAGGACUCAGCGCAUGCCUAGUCUCAGGAGGGUGCCGGCUGAACGUGCUGCUCUGCCGCUCCCCACGCGUAUCUCCGCGUGCGCGAAGCUCAUGGCUAUGGCUGGCGCGACCGCUGAGAAUCAGCUCGCGGGAACGUCUUAAACGGUCCUCUCCAAAACUUGCAUGUUGCGAAGAGCACGCGAGGCAUAGACUCUCGACCUCGGCUAGUCGAGUGCUCCCUCGGGCAUUCUUUCAACAUCCCCGUUGUUUCGUGUCUGAUCAGGUGUGCGACCGU